AUGUGGUCAGUGCUGGGACGCUUUGUUGAUGGGUUGACUGGUGCUGGUGUUGGGGCUUUGUGGGAGGGUGGUCAUUGUUCCUGUGAGCCCCGGAAUUCUUUCCAGGAGACUCAAUCUGAUUUGGAGGUGAUCUUAGAGUUCCUAGAGGAGUACUACAGACAAAACACGGGAGACAAUGUGGACAAGAUGUACUGGACUGCAGGUGUGCCUGUAGAUGAAAGAAAUGCACCUGUGGAUGAUGACUCGUGGGAGCGGCGCUUGACAUGCUAUGAGCAGCCUGUAAGACUAUCAUCCUUUAAAGCUGUGUUUCCUGUGUCAAAGAUGAUCAAACCUGCACUUCAGCCUUUGGUGGCACGCGACGCAGCAACACUGUCUGAGCGUGGGUCACUGCCAAACUUUGCAUCAGCAAGACAACCUCCUAAACACACAGCGGGGAGUGGUGGGAAGGUGCGACUCUUUCACUUUCUGUUUGAGAUGUUGGAGGAUCCAAACAUGGCACACUGUGUGUCCUGGGUGCCAGCAGCCGCCGGCGUUUUCCGCUUUUCCUCCACGAACAAGGACCAGGUGGCAGCACUGUGGGGGCAGAGAAAGGGCAACAAGAGGCCCAUGACUUACCAGAAGAUGUCCCGCGCCCUCAGGAACUACGCCCGGUCCGGAGAGAUCUUCAAGGUGAAGAAGAAGCUCACCUACCAGUUCAGCCGAGAGACACUGAUGUCACUGCACAAGUUUCAGCAAGGAGAUUUGUUACGUGGACGAGAUUUGGUGUAGCUCUUAUCAUGGCAUAUGCAACUCUAAAUGAGCUUUAUCUUUCCAUCAUGAUUGUGACAAGUUCACAAAUCCGUCUGAUCAUCGUGAAGUUAGUACACGCAUUGAGUUUUUGGUGUAAAU